CUGCAGGGCAACAAAUCGUUUAGGAAUGUGCCCCACAAGGAGUUCUUAUCGCUCCCGCUGUAGUGCAGGAGGAAAAGCAAAACAAUCUAGAAUUUGAGGUUAAAACAUAUCCCACAGUGGCAGACAGCCAGUAGCCGUGCCGGAAGACAUUCUAUCGCCAAACGAUGACAAGCCCAGAACCAGUUCGGCGGCCAAAAAGGGAAAAACUGAGGCGCAAAGCCGAGAAACAAAAGCACGCCAAAAGCAACUUGGGUGCGCCAGCAAAAGCCAACGUUAGUGCUACUCCGGCAGACAACAGGAGAAUCGACCAGCUAAUGGAGCAGAAGCGAGCAUGGAGAACGCUGGAAUCACUUAUGCAAGUGGAAGACAGACCCCGACAGAUGUUUCCCAGGCACCAACACACCUCUCGGUCAGCUCGGCUAUAGCCGAAACCACAGGAGAGCUGCCGCUAGAGACCCACCAAAUAGUCAUGGAAGUGGAAGACUUCCACAGAUAUCACAAACACCAACAUAUGUGUCACAGGAGCCAACGCCGACUCAUCCAGCUCACCCAAAUUCAAUCAAUAAGAAAACCUUCUGCCUAGUGGUGCCCGACAUGGACAACAGCUCGAUCACGCUGCAGCCUCAUGUACUGUCGAAUACGGUGGGACGAUGCCAGCAGCAUUGUGUCGGACAGCCUGGAGGCGGCUAUGGAAGUGAUACCUCCUAUGUCAGCCACUACACGGACAGCGAUGGCCAGAUCAUUUGGCAGCGCUACAGCGCACGUCAGCAGGUGCUCAAGCGUCGUCGUCGCUCCCUGAAGACACGUCCCUGGUACCACAAAUGUUCUACGUUUGUGCGUUUGCACAAAUCAUUAAAGAGCGUCAAGAGACCCGGCGUUGAAUCGCUGCUGCCAGUUCUGGCCCAUCAUCAGUUUCCAUUGAAAAUCGGGAGAGCAUAAUCCAACGCUUGAAUGCCUACAAAAGGCGAUUCAAGGUGAAGAACGAGUCGGACUGGCUGGACGAGCACUACAAGACGGCAAUGGAAGUUUUCUCUACGGAUUAUGGCAAUGCCACAGAGCAGGACAAAUCAGAGAAGCCGCAACAGCAGCAGCAGUAGCCACCAGCAGCAGCGCUUGGUAAGCUGAGCGUUCAUGUUGCCCAUCAGAUGAACAUUCCAGCAGUAGCAGCACCAGCAGCAGCACCUGUAACUGUAGCAGCCGUGCAGGCAGCUGUUGAAGAUUAAAAAAACAUCCUCCGAAUCGGCUUUAAGAUUAGAGGAGGAUGAGGAAGUUGUUGAGGAAUUGAGUUCCCCGACGAGCGGCUUUGGUGAUAGUACAGAGGAGAGUGCUUCAUGUGGCAUUGGGACCUCUGCCUGCGAUCCUUCUGCCUUCUCGGAUCCACUGGAAAAUGAUGAUGAAGAUGACGAGGACACCGACUGCAUGCAGCUCUGGGAGGAGACCUACCAAACAACGUCAGCAACGAGUACAUCAUGGCACAGGCCAGCAUCAUGGGACGGUACUGGUAGCCCACAUUCAGCCGCAGACUCCGAUUCACAUUUACGCUGCUUACGCAAUUGACGGCUGCAUGACGGCACACACAUGCAGUCCCGUGAGCACCACGAAGUAAAUUAUGUCACGGAAUUUGAGCAUUGCAAA